AUGAUCUGCAAUUAUUUGCAAAGACAAAAAGGAGUAAAUAUAACAAAUUUAUCGUUAAUUGUGAGCUUUGUGCCAAAAUGGGAAGAUAAUUUUGUUCAGGGUGUAGUACACGUUUCGGUUUGGAGCCACCACCUCCUCCUGUCUUCCGUGUUAUGGAUUGUGAGUUCUGUUGAAUAUGAAUUAAUGUCCUGUUCAGCUGCUAAUCAGUCGUCAAAGUCCUUCCGCGUUGGAUGCAAAGAGUGUGGAUUUUGUAGCCGGUCACCUAACUUUUCGAUGACGGAAUUACCUGCGUUGGGGGAAACAAAUAAUGCUGACCUGGAUGUUAAAAGCACCAGUUUAGACUCGGAUGAUGAAGAAAUGCUUAAAGAGGCUAUUGGGAAAAGGAAGACAGAGCUAGGGUUGCAGGCACCAAAGUAUGGUCUACUGAGCCUAAAAGAUCAGCUGUACUCAAAGUUUUGCACACCCUUAAUAGUGUUAAAUGUUCGGCAGUUAGACAAAGGUAAGAAUAGGAAGACAUUCAGGAAUAAUUAUGCAUUUAUAAUCUAUUUAGUUUUUCUUCAAUGCAAUGCACAUGCACGAAAAAUUCAUUUUGACAAUACUGACGAAUUUUUUCACAUUAAGGAUAGAAGGAACAUGUGCAUAAUGUGUAUGAGUAGCCAUAUAAGACGUGAAAUAUGA